AUGGAUGGCGUUGGGGGAGAUGGGAAUCUGACUGGUGCUCAGGCAUGGCCUCCCUCCAAGCAGGAAUCAGCACUGAAGGCUCUGGGGACCGAAGGCCUCUUCCUCUUCUCCUCCUUGGACACUGACCGGGAUAUGUACAUCAGCCCUGAGGAGUUCAAACCCAUUGCUGAGAAGCUGACAGGGUCAACUCCUGCCACCAGCUACGAGGAUGAGGAGCUGCCCCUCGACCCCAGUGAGGAGACACUCACCAUAGAGGCCCGAUUCCAGCCUCUGCUCCCAGAGACAAUGACCAAGAGCAAAGAUGGAUUCCUGGGGGUCUCCCGCCUGGCCCUGUCUGGCCUCCGCAACUGGACCACUGCAGCCUCACCAAGUGCAGUGUUCGCUGCUCGCCACUUCCGGCCCUUCCUGCCCCCUCGGGGCCACGUGGAGCUGGGCGAGCCCUGGUGGAUCAUCCCCAGCGAGCUGAACGUCUUCACUGGCUACUUGUCCAACAACCGCUUCUACCCACCGCCACCCAAGGGCAAGGAGGUCAUCAUCCACCGACUCCUGAGCAUGUUCCACCCUCGGCCUUUCGUGAAGACCCGCUUUGCUCCCCAGGGCGCCGUCGCCUGCCUGACCGCCGUCAGUGACUUCUAUUACACUGUGAUUUUCCGGAUCCAUGCUGAGUUCCAGCUCAGUGAGCCGCCCGACUUCCCCUUCUGGUUCUCUCCUGGUCAGUUCACGGGCCAUAUCAUCCUCUCCAAAGAUGCCACCCACGUCCGAGACUUCCGGCUCUUCGUGCCCAACCACAGGUCUCUGAACGUGGACAUGGAGUGGCUGUAUGGAGCCAGUGAGAACAGCAAUAUGGAGGUGGACAUCGGCUACAUACCCCAGAUGGAGCUGGAGGCCAUGGGCCCCUCCAUGCCCUCCAUGAUCCUGGACGAGGACGGCAACAUGAUUGACAGCCGCCUGCCCUCAGGGGACCCCCUCCAGUUUGUGUUUGAGGAGAUCAAGUGGCAGCAGGAGCUGAGCUGGGAGGAGGCCACCCGGCGUCUGGAAGUGACCAUGUACCCCUUCAAGAAGGUCAGCUACCUGCCAUUCACUGAGGCCUUCGACCGAGCCAAGGCUGAAAACAAGCUGGUGCACUCGAUCUUGCUGUGGGGGGCCCUGGAUGACCAGUCCUGCUGAGGUUCAGGGCGAACUCUCCGGGAGACUGUCCUGGAGAGUUCGCCCAUCCUUGCCCUCCUCAAUGAGAGCUUUAUCAGCACCUGGUCCCUGGUAAAGGAGCUGGAGGACCUGCAGAGCAGCCAAGAGAACCCAUCCCACAAGAAGCUGGCUGGCCUGCACCUGGAGAAGUACAGCUUUCCCGUGGAGAUGAUGGUCUGCCUGCCCAAUGGCACUGUGGUUCACCACAUCAACGCCAACUACUUCCUGGACAUCACCUCCAUGAAGCCCGAGGACAUCGACAGCAACGUCUUCAGCUUCUCGUCUACUUUUGAAGAUCCAUCCACAGCCACCUACAUGCAGUUCCUGAAGGAGGGGCUCCGGCGAGGCUUGCCCCUCCUCCAGCCCUAG